AUGAAGCAGAGAUUCUCGUCGCUGGAUGUCAAGGUCAUCACGCGGGAACUGGCCUCGGAGCUAGUCAACCUCCGCGUGUCCAACGUCUACGAUCUGUCCUCACGCAUCUUCCUUUUCAAACUCGCAAAACCAGACCAUCGCCGACAACUCAUUGUCGACUCCGGCUUCCGCACCCAUGUCACCCAGUACUCGCGUACCGCCGCGACCACCCCCUCGCCUUUUGUGACCCGUCUUCGCAAGUUCCUGAAGUCUCGCCGUAUUACUGGCAUCUCCCAAAUUGGGACUGACCGCAUCAUCGACUUUUCUUUCAGCGAUGGCACAUACCAUAUGUUCCUGGAAUUCUUCGCGGGUGGCAACAUCGUCCUGACAGACCGCGAAUACAACAUCAUUGCUUUGUUUCGAACCGUCUCAGCUGGUGAGGGUCAGGAGGAAAUUAAGCUUGGCCUCAAGUACACCGUCACCAAUAAACAGAACUACGAUGGGGUCCCGCCAAUCACCACAGAGCGGGUUAAGGAGACGAUCGAGAAGGCACAGGCUUUGUUUUCUCAAGAAGGCAAUGCGCCCAAGAAAUCCAAGAAGAAAAAUACAGAUGUCUUGAGAAAAGCAUUGUCGCAGGGCUUUCCAGAAUACCCCCCAUUACUGCUGGAUCACGCUUUUGCGGUUAAGGAAUUUGAUCCUGCCACGCCGCUAGAUCAGGUUCUGGGAGAGGAAAGCUUGCUGGAGAAAGUGAAAGAGGUGCUAGAAGAAGCACAGCGAGUGUCUAACAGCUUUAGGACCGGGGAGAGCCACCCGGGCUACAUUGUUGCGAAGGAGGACACGCGACCUCCUGUCGAAGACGAAGCCCCCUCCAAGGCUACUGGUCUUUUGUAUGAAGACUUCCAUCCAUUCAAACCCCGACAGUUUGAGGGCAGGCCGGGGACGACGAUCUUGGAAAUCGAGCGCUUCAAUGCGACUGUCGACGAGUAUUUCUCGUCUUUGGAGUCGCAGCGACUCGAGUCCAGAUUAACGGAGCGCGAGGAGGCAGCCAAGCGAAAGCUCGACUCUGUCCGCCAAGAACAUAAGAAGCGGAUCGACGCUCUCAAAGAUGCCCAAGAUAUUCACAUUCGCAAGGCGGGUGCUAUUCAGGACAACGUGUACCGAGUUCAAGAAGCCAUGGAUGCCGUGAAUGGACUGGUGGCACAAGGAAUGGACUGGGGCGAGAUUGCGCGCUUGAUUGAGAUGGAACAGGACCGAGGCAACCCGGUUGCGCAGAUCAUCAAGUUGCCUCUCAAGUUGUAUGAAAACACCGUCACGCUACGCCUCGGGGAAGCUGGUGACGACCAGGAUGACGAGGAGGAGCUUGCCACAAGUGAUGAGUCUGACUAUGACUCUGAGGGCGAGGAGGCACGAAGAGCAGCACAGGCCGACAGCGACUCUCGCUCGCUGACUAUUGACAUUGAUCUUGGCCUCACUCCAUGGGCGAACGCAACUCAAUAUUAUGAGCAGAAGAAACAGGCCUCCGAGAAGCAAGCACGGACCCUUCAGUCUUCUUCGAAAGCGCUCAAGAGCCACGAGAAGAAGGUGACGACCGAUCUUAAGCGGAACCUGAAGCAGGAAAAGCAAGUUCUACGAAAGGCCCGGACACCCUUCUGGUUUGAAAAGUUCCUCUUCUUCAUUUCCCCGGAAGGGUACUUGGUUUUAGGGGCAUGGGAUGCGAUGCAGACCGAGUUGCUCUAUCGGCAUUAUCUCAACAAAGGCGAUAUUUUCGUCCAUGCAGACCUAGAAGGAGCAACUCCAAUUGUGGUCAAGAACCGACCCCAGAGUGCUGAUGCGCCCAUCUCCCCUAGUACUAUUUCCCAGGCAGGCAAUCUUUGCGUCGCGACCUCGACGGCAUGGGACUCCAAGGCGGUCAUGUCCGCCUGGUGGGUACAUGCCCAUCAGGUAUCGAAAAUUGCUGAGACUGGUGGAGGCAUCUUGCCUCCAGGUGAGUUUCAAAUAAAGGGCGAGAAGAACUUCCUGGCUCCGUCGCAGCUUGUAUUAGGGUUUGCCGUCAUGUUUCAGAUCAGCCGGGAGAGUGUUCGGAAUCACAAACAGCGAUUUGACCUGUCCGAUGCUCCUGAAGAGGUUUCCGCUGCCACAGUGCCUGAUGAGCUGUCAACACAACAGACCUCAGAGCAAACUACAGCCGACUCCAAUGACCCAUUGUCUACACAAAAAGAAGUCCCAGAAAAGCCAGAUUCUGCAUCCAAGGCUACUGAGGAGCCGCAAGAGGAAGAGGAAGAGUCCGACGACGAUGAAAAUGACGAUGACAAGGCACCAGUGAGGAACGCUCUUCAGCGAGGAGAUUCUGAGCUUCCAGUGAACGAAAGGCCCUCGGCUCAAGAACCCGAAGCCGAGUCAGACGAAGAUGAUGCCAAGAGCGAGGAACCUGAACCUGAACUCGCACAAGGAGAGCAACAGGAAGGGGAGAAUGAUGAAGCUGCAUCCACAGCGGAUCAGGAUGCUGGACCUGAGCAGAAAGACCAAGAAAAGCUCUCGGCCCGCGAACGACGUAUUUUGCUGCAAGGCAAGCCCCUCGACCGACCAGGCCAGGCCGAACCAGCUGCGCCGCGAGUGGCACCAACUCGCGGUAAGCGUGCUAAGGAGAAGCGUGCGGCCGCAAAGUAUGCCUACCAGGACGAGGAAGAGCGUGAACUUGCUCUCCGACUCCUCGGUGCGAACAAGGGCAAAGCAGCCAAGGCGGCAAAGGCAGCCGAAACCAAGGCGCAACGGGACCGGGAAGCCGAAGCCCAGAAACAACGACGUCGGAAACAACAUGAGCGCGCCACCGAAGCCGAGCGCAAGCGCCAAGCUCUUUUCGCAGAGAGCGGAGCGGGUGACUCCGAUGAAGAGACUGCCCUCGCUGAAGCUGCGGAUCUCAGCUGGAUCCCUGCAUUGGUCGGUACGCCGACUCCGGACGACGAAAUCCUCGCGGCAAUUCCGGUAUGUGCACCAUGGGGUGCACUGGGACACUACAAGUACAAGGUGAAGCUACAACCGGGCACAGUUAAAAAGGGCAAGGCUGUCAAGGAAAUCAUCGGUCGUUGGGUAUCUGAAACUACUACCGGGAAGGUCAAAAAGGAGCAUGCUGAGGACGCGGGGAUCCCUCGCGCUGAUGCAGAGCGAAUGCGAGCACGGGAAGGUGAACUGAUCAAGGGGUGGAAAGAUACAGAGAUCAUCAACACUAUGCCAGUAAGCAAGGUGCGCAUCAUGACUGCUGGCGGUGCUGGUGGCGGCGGAAGUAGUGAGAAGGCGAAGGGCAAAGGUGGUGGAAAAGGUGGUGGUGGUGGAAAAGGAGGGAAAGGAGGAAAGAAGAAAUGA